ACGAGUCUGGUUCCUGCUCCCCACUUCCAUUGGAGAACCCUAGAAACACAGGCUCGAAUCCCCAUUCUAUUCCACACGGGCGACGUCGGCGGCGAGAUGACCACCGGCCGCGGCCACCGCGUUUCGCCGGCGGUUGCGGCGGGGCCGCUGGAGGAUGACAACGUCCUCGGCGAGAUCCUCGUCCGCCUCUCCCCGGAGCCAUCCUCCCUCGCGCGGGCGCUUGUCUGCAAGCCGUGGGGUCGCGUCGCCGCCUCCGCGGACUUCCGCCGCCUCUGGCGCGACCGCCACGGGAGACCCCCGGUCCUAGGCGUCUUCGAUAAGCGCAUGACGACACUGCUCUUCACCCCUGGCCUGCAAGCUCCAGAUCGCAUCCCCAGGGAGCGCUUCUCCCUCCAGGUCUGCAGCGAGGCCGCGUGGAACACCUGGUGCGUGCUCGGGGUCCGCCAGGGCCGCGUCCUCAUCAUGAACUGGACGCUGCGUGAGUUCCUCAUCUACAACCCUUUUUCCGGUGAACGCCGCCGCGUGUCAUUCCCACCGGAUCUCUCACUCCCACCGGAUGAGUUCUUCGACGACGCGUACAACGCCAACGGAGCUCUGCUCUGGGACGACGAGCAGAGCCCACUGAAGCUGGUCUUGGUAGCCUGCUCGGGCCGCACCAGAGUUGAGGCCCGUGUGUACUCCUCUGAGACGGGCACAUGGGGAGACAUCAUCUCCAUUCCUGAGCCAUGUCGUCUUACCAGCGUCCCCGUCACCGUGGUCGGCAACCGCCUCUACUGUUGGCUCAAAAGGCCUGGGAAUAGCAUACUAGAGUUCAAUCUGGAUAGCCAGACCCUAGCUCUCAUCACAAGGCCUCCCCGUGCCAACCUCAAGAGCCGCAACUGCCGGAUCAUCCCAGGAGAGGAUGGCGCUGUUGGCCUCGCCUUAUUCAUGUACCCUGCCAUCGAACUGUGGAACCGCAACAUCAACUCUCAUGGUGUUGCAACAUGGGUGCUGCGCAAGACCGUUAUUCUGGACAGCAUCUUUGAUCUGGCACCGUCUUCGACGGGGACAUGGAGGUCAUUAGUUGUCGGGUAUGCCGAGGAUGCUAAUGCCAUUCUUAUAUCGGUGUACAAAGAGAUGUGCAUCCGUGCAUUUAUGGUUCAACUUGAGUCAAUGCAGUGCAAGAGAAUUCGUGGACACUUUCUCAAUGAUGUGUAUCAUCCGUUUGCCAGUUUCUAUGCCGCAGGCCCAUCGACGCUACAAAUUCUCGCUCGUGGGAACAACGAUGGGGGUGCUGGUGGGGGACAAGCGUAAAGGCUAGUGUGACAUGGUAAUACUCAAGACACCUGGGUCUGGGUCUCCCCAACUAAAUUAAAUGCAAAUCUAAGGUCUGGGUCUCGUGUUUGUUUGUUGUUGGCAUUUGGACCCUUGGGUUGAACUGUUGUAAAACUAUCUGUAUGUGCACUUUGUGUUGUGGGUAUGUGUUUGAACUCAGUCUGGGAACAUCCUGUUUGGAACAUUUGUGGUGUACAAUUUGACAUGAGUGAAUGUUGUAUGGGUAAAGCAAUGAUUUUACUGUAUCGUAUCACUU